AAAAGCUGUCAACAAAUAAAAUAACCCGCAUCCUUUUUCAUGUUGCAUGUUUGGCCUCGGAUUACGAAAUAUGCAUUACCCAACAUGCAUUUUGAUUGAGAAAUAAAGGGAAAAUCCAUAAUUCAAAAAAUCAUUUUUGGAUUUUAUAUUUUUGAAAUGCUUACACAUUAUAUACUUCACAUUUUACAGUCCAAGAAAGAAGAAAUCAUAAAAUGAAGUAAGCCCGGAAACCGGCUAUACCAAGUUCCCAAAGCCCUACCUCUCCCAAUAUAAAGUACUCCUCUCUCCCCCAGCUAGGAUAUCUCACCACCUAACUCAAACUCACUACUAGUACUAGUACUAUUACUACUAUUGCUAAUAACUACACCACCACCACCGUCCGAUCAACAAUCCACCACAGCAAUGCCGAUCCGUGAGAUAGCGGUCGGGCGACCCGAAGAAACGUACCACCCGGACGCCCUCCGGGCCGCUCUGGCCGAGUUUAUCAGCACCCUCAUUUUCGUCUUUGCCGGAGAAGGCUCCGGCAUGGCCUUCAACUUUCUCACCGACAACGGCUCCACCACCCCAGCCGGGCUGGUGGCCGCCGCGCUGGCCCAUGCCUUCGGCCUGUUCGUGGGGGUUAGCAUCGCGGCCAACAUCUCCGGCGGCCACGUCAACCCGGCUGUGACUUUUGGUGCGUUUGUCGGAGGGAAUAUCAGCCUCCUGCGUGGCAUUCUGUAUUGGAUUGCUCAGCUGCUUGGAUCCACCGUCGCUUGCUUGCUCCUCAAGUUUGCCACUGGCGGCUGUACCACUUCGGCAUUUUCCCUCUCAUCCGGAAUCUCGGUGUGGAACGCCUUCGUGAUGGAGAUCGUCAUGACCUUCGGCCUAGUCUACACGGUGUACGCCACUGCCAUAGAUCCGAGAUCCAAGGGCAACGUGGGAAUUAUCGCACCCAUCGCGAUCGGUUUCAUUGUUGGAGCUAACAUUCUUGCCGGUGGUGCCUUUGACGGGGCCUCGAUGAACCCAGCAGUCUCAUUCGGUCCCGCAUUGGUCAGUUGGACCUGGACCAACCACUGGGUCUACUGGGCUGGGCCGCUCAUCGGUGGCGGGAUCGCCGGAGUCGUCUACGAGGUCGUCUUCCUCAGCCACGGCUCCCAUGAGCCAUUGGCCAGCUCCGAGUUUUAGGGUUUGCAAAAUCAAUUGGCGUUUUCAUUUUAGUACUCCAUUUCGUUUUGAGGCUUUUUGGUUUGUUUUUUUUUUCCGUAAUUUUCUUUCUCUUGUUUGGAAUUUGGGCACAAUUGAUUUGAUUCGAGUGUCGUUAUUAGUGGGCCAUGUUACUGCUUUUCGGACUGUUCUAGAGCAAUAAUGAUCACGUGCCUCAACUUUUGUUGUU